CAGAGUGGAUAAGCCCCGCCCCCUGCUGGAUAAAGCUGCUGUGUGUGUGUGUGUGUGUGUGAGACAGUCUGAGCUGCAGCUUCAAACACUUUAUCAGCAUUUUAUGGAUUUUUAAUUAUAAUUAAAUGUAAAAUGAGUCAGAAAGUUUUCAUCAUGGCGACUUCUGAGUUUAUUAUCAAGAGUUCAGAGAGAAACACGACGGGAGCCACAGACUGGACACAGGUGUACGAGGCGGUGCGAUGGAUCCAGGUCGUCAUGGCGACGCUCAGCGUUCUGGGUUCAGGCUCCAUCAUCGUGUGUGUGACGUCACAGAGACUCAGCAGGACGCCAGAGCUGCAGCCUCUCCUCCUCCUCAGUGUUUCCGACAUGUUUCUGUCUCUCUGCUGGCUGAUCGGAGCGGCUCUCUUCUCUCAACACCACAACACACACUGCUACUACCUACACACUGUGGAGCAGAUUCUCUACGUGGCGUCCUUCUUCUACACGCUCAACUACGUCUUCAACCUUUACGCCUCCAUCAGAGAGAAGUUCUACAGCUGUAAGAGUGGAUCCUCCGUCCAGGUCUCUAACAGAGUGACCUCCGCCGGUAAAACCACCGCGCUGCUCUCAGGGCUGGUCCCGGUGCUGCUGAUGACUCCUGUGUUCAUUCAGGGAAACAUCAGCCAAUGUCAGACCAACUUCAGCGAGCCUUACAGGUGUCUGCUGAUGCACACCGGAGCGUUGUUUCCUACCUCGGAGCAGCAGCAGCCAAUCAGAGCCUGCAGCCUGCUGCACAGCUACCGCAUCGCCGUCUUCCUCGCCACCUUCCUCCUCACACUCGUCAGCAUCAUCGUUCUCGUGGUUAAAGCUCGCCGUAUCUACCGGCGGGUGGUGACAUCACACGGUUACCUCGGCAACGAGCAGCGGGCGUCCUUCAGCCUGAUGGACCGGAGGAUGCUGCUCUACCCGCUGGUCUUCUUCCUCUGCUGGGGGCCAGCCGUCGGUCUGGUUCUCCUGCGGACCCUGAAGCCCUCCGCGGGUCAGGACAGGGCCGGGGUCGCCCUCUACAUAUCUCAGGCGUUCCUCUCGGCCUCUCAGGGUUUCCUCAACAGUCUGGUCUACGGAUGGACUCGGGCUCCUCUCCGUCAGGCCGGCAGGAGGGUUUUAUCUCGGGACGUGGACACGCAGACGCCUCUACUGAGAGCACAGAAGAAGAAAAGCUACCAAACCCUCCGCACCGGCUGA